AGAGAAAGAGAGAGUUUCUCACUAGUAAGCUGCUACCAGUCUGCCGGGGGAGAGCGUCGGAGGAGCCUGCGAGCACCCUGGGAUUGUGGAAUCUAAAAAAACUUCAAAGGGGACCAGGAUCUGCAGUCGGUGCAGAAGGAGAGAAUUGACCACGUUGUGUGUAGAAAAAGAUUGACAGUUCCUUUUUUCCGUCAGUUAACAUCCCCAAAUAAACGUCGCCAUGGCAGCUGAGAAAGCUGAAAUGGACAUGCUGAAAAAGGAGUGCGAUGGCCUCCGUGCACAGAUUGAGGCGUCCCGCAAAGCUGUGAAUGACGGCAACAUGACAGCAGCAGCAGGAGGGGCGUCCGAUGUGGGCCGAGUCCAGCUGAAGCUAAGGAAGACACUCAAGGGACACUUGGCUAAAAUCUAUUCCAUGCACUGGGCCGCUGACUCCAGACAAAUGGUCAGUGCAUCACAGGAUGGCAAGCUUCUCGUCUGGGACACCUUCACAGGGAACAAGUUGGUUGCUGUCCCACUAAAGUCAGCUUGGGUGAUGAGCGUCGCCUUCGCCCCCUCUGGUAACAUGGUGGCCAGCGGUGGUCUGGAUAACAUGUGCACAGUGGCCAACAUCAAGACCACCAGCCCCAAGACUGUCAGGGAACUGGACGCACACACAGGUUACCUGUCUUGCUGCCGUUUCCUUAGUGACAGUGAGAUCUUGACAGCCUCCGGUGACACCACCUGCUGUCUGUGGGACCUGGAGACUGGCAAGCAGAAGAUCAUCUUCACCAACCACAUUGGAGACUGCAUGUCGCUGGCUCUCUCCGCUGACAUGAACACCUUCAUCUCUGGAGCCUGUGACUCUCUGGCCAAGCUGUGGGACCUGAGGGAAGGGACCUGCAAGCAGACCUUCUCAGGACACACCAGCGACAUCAACGCCAUCUCUUACUACCCCGGUGGAAAUUGCAUCAUCACAGGUUCCGACGACUGCAGCUGCAAGAUGUACGACCUGCGCGCCGACCAGGAGGUGAUUUGCUACCAGGACACCAGCCUGAACGCCGGCGUCACGUCUUUGACUCUCUCCAACUCAGGCCGCCUUAUCUUUGCCGGCUACGACGACUUCAACUGCCACAUCUGGGACUCACUGAAGGGAGAGAAAGUCGGUGUGCUGUCCGGCCACGACAACAGGGUGAGCUGCACCGGCGUCCCCGAGGACGGCAUGGGCGUCUGCACAGGAUCCUGGGACAGCUUCCUCAAACUGUGGAACUGAGGCGUCCCGGCGGAGGAAAACACCGGGCCAGGGGGAGAGGAGGAGGAAGAGAGGAAGGGGAGGAAAGGGGAAGGAAAAGGAUGAGAGAGAUAGGGAGCUCAAGAGGAGAGGAAAAUAAGCUACCAGACAAGUGAGGCUGGUGGAUAUUUGGUGCAAAUCUUCCUCUCUUUCUCUCUCCCUCUCUACUUCUUCCUCAUUCAUGUAUGCAAAAAUAUGAGAGGGAUGCGAAUGAGUCACGUUGUAUAAAUGGCAUCAGGUAACCAGUGCACGAUGCAUCCCGCUGUAUGUACAAGAGAGUCUUAUUGUUGUCAGGACGACUUAAUCACAAAGAAAACUAUUAAAAAAUAGCACAUUAUUCAAAAUGAUUACCGAGCAUAAAAUAAGCUCUUAUCGAGAAUGUCAAUUAUACACGUAUAGAUUUUUGACAAUAAUAAAGAAGAAAGAACACUCGAAUAUUGAAAAUAAGACUGUAGGAUGACAAAUUUAUUUGUAUUGUCUUUGACCUGUAAAAGAGCCCUGCACUUAUUUAGAUGAAAGAUUGAUAUGUACAUUUAUUUGUAUUUUAUAGUUUAACACAUUAGGAUGGAGAGUUGAUGUACAGUGUCUUUAUUUUUCUUUAUUUUAUUUGGGGGUUGGUUUUUUUGGGGGCUGCACAUAUCCAGACUACACGUGUACGGUAGAGCGGCCAUCUUGGGUCCCCUGCUAACGACCGGCGGACUUUGAUCCGAGAUGUGCUGCUGCUGUUUCCCCCGUCUCACCGUGACAAAUACGAUGACGUACCAAGACGGAUGAGAGGUGGAGAGACCGGCUGCCGGGUGGCAGUCUGACCUGAGAAACACUCUGUAAAGACCCGUGCUCUUCAUUUUACUCCCCUGGGUUCAGCUGCAUUUUGUAGUACUUUUACACUUGUGCAGUUCCUCUGUAAAAAAGACGAAAUGUUUGUUAAAAAUCUUUCUGAUAAACAUAGAAUUCUGCAUUA